CGUGUGUGGGAAAAGGCGAUAGAUUCUCUUGGCGUGUAUCAUAUGGUGUAUGAUUGUAAGGAAAAAGACAUGCUCAGAUAAAAAUAACAAAUAAAACUAUUUGAAAAAGUAGAUUUCGUGGAUAAACACACUACAUAAUACCACAGAAAGAAAUAUAUACAAGAGACUUAAGUGUAAACGGGCCAAAAUAUCCACACAAGAUCUUCCCACAUACGUUUCCUCUGCUGACCAACGUUUCCUCGUCGCCGAUGAGACAGAGGUCCUAAAGUCUCCUCGAAGACGAACAGGAUUCCUCAAGACGCCACACGAGCGACUUUUAUGCCGUCUCGGACAAUGGCCAGCGGGAGGAGGCAGCUGAAGGAAAGACCGCGUCCGGUUAAAUCUAUCGGCCGGUCGACCUAAGACACGCGGCGCUGGCGAGACAUUGAGAGAGAAAAAGCCAAAAAGAAAAUUAAAAGAAAAAAGAAAACGAAGCUGGUAUGAGAAAAUAAGACCAAAACAAGAUUAGGAAAUAUUGAGAAAAGAAAACGAACAAGAAAGGAAAAUAUAAUAUAAAGGUUUUGCUUUGUGGGACGAAAGUGAAAAAUAUAUUUCUAAAUAUACAUUUAUUAUAAUCAUAUAUACAUUUUUUUAGGGUCAUUAUUAUUUUUUCUAAUUUUCCACAUUCUUUUAUCCUGCAACAACAAAAGCCCCAGAGGUGAAAAUAAGAAAAAGUCGGCGUUCACAAAAAUGAGACUGACGGAUACACGUUCCCGCCUCAAGAAGACAGGGAACUGACGCGCUCUCACUCACUUUUUUUUUGUCACUACCGGAAGCUAAAGAACGUUUUAUAAGUGUAUUUGUUAAAAGCUAGAUUCAUUUUAUAAGUGUAUUUGUUAUGAGCUAGAGAACAGAUUGUAAGUGCAUUUGUUAUCAGCUGGGAAAAUUGGAAGAAAAUUAUAUAUUCUCUUGUAUGAAUAAAUGGUUCAUGUAUGUAGGCCUCAAUAAACUGUUCACAUGAAGUAAAGUUGAUUAAAGAGAAUCUAAAGAGAGAAAGAGAGAAAUAAAAAAGUGAAUUGAAUUUGCCUAAAAGAAAAAUAAAGAAGAAUUUUGCAUCGUGAACACUGUGGUAAAAAAUAUCAAGGAAAAUGUAAGAAGUAAGAAAAGGGUGACCACAAAAUUGCACUAAAAUAUAUGAUGAAAAUCCUUCCCGAGACAAUGCAACCUCGGUGACGCGGAAGCUAAGCUAAAAAUGGUUACCAACUUUGCAACUGCGUCCACAGACCAACACAUUGCAAGUUAAUUAAAAGGAGUAAGAUAUAGAGAAUCGCCAUGCAACUGAUCUUCACCUUGUUAUGCAUAUUUCCACUAGGCGUGGUGGAGGGCUGGGGCGCAGCGUGGAUAUCCGAAGGUCAAGGUAGUGAUGAAGAGGAUUCUGACUUACACAGAUACGUCAUUGAACACGGGUUAUGGACCCCCGACCCCCGCGUGCUGCUUGGUCCGUACGAGGAGGAGGCGCCCAGGAGACUAACCAAGGCGAAAUUUAUUACCGCCAACAAUACGAUAACUACCGUCCAGGUCGGCACCACCGGCGCACUUCGCUGCCAGAUCCUAGAUGUGGCAGAUCAUGAGACGGUGUCGUGGGUGAGGAGACGCGAUCACCACCUCAUCACACUCGGAAGUCACACCUACACGAAUGACGACCGCUUCUACGUGUCACACUCUCCGCCCUUCAAAGUUAUCCCGGGAAGGGGCAAGGAGUGGACCCUGUAUAUUAAAUACGUACAAACUAGGGACUCCGGUGUGUACGAAUGUCAACUCUCUGCUCAUCCACCAAUGGGCAUACUUACAACACUGAUGGUCAUACAGCCGAUCUCCUACAUCACGGGCGGGCCGGAUCUCUACGCCCAAGAAGGCAGUGACGUGACGUUGUUAUGUCGCCUGAAGAACUAUACAAUCCCUCCCACAUAUGUGUUCUGGUAUCAUGGCGACGAGAUGAUCAACUAUGACGCCAAUAGGAAGGUCGACGUGGUGAGCCGCGGAGGGGAGAGUGAGCUGAGGUUAACAGGCGUGGCAAGGGAGGACUCCGGUAACUAUACGUGUGUCCCCGCGAACGCCAAGCCAUCUUCCAUCACGCUUCAUAUAAUCGCAGGCGAGACUCCAGCAGCCAUGCAACGAGCAGCUGCAGCCCCUCUCCAGAGCGCCUACACACUCGGCCUGACAGCUGGCACCCUCGUCCUCCUGAAUCUGGGCUCGUUCAGCUGUUGGUGUGAUUUAGUCAGCAACAGCUAUUACUACUACCUCCGUGUACCAGAUAAAACGUUCUACAUGUUGGACGCCCAGACUGUGUUGUUUAUCGACGGCAUAAAGUUUCGCGAACCUUAG